AUCAGAGGACGAGUAGGAGCGUGUGUGCGAGUAUGUGUAAGAGACACUUACUCUCCUAACUACUGGGACACACACACGUUCCUCACCCAACUCAAAGAAGCAGCAAACCCUGGAGAUGUUUCAUUUUUUAUUUUUAUUUUUUAGCCUUCAUUUAAACCCCAAAGCUGCUAAUUAUUCUCUCAAGCAUCCAUCUUUUCCUUAAGACUUGCCGGCUGGAACUUAAUCUUCAGCCUCUCUCAAGGAAUUCUAUGUACUGAUCAAUAGACAGUUUCCAUCCACACAAGACAUACCUCAUGGAUUUGUACCUGGUUGGAUAUCUCAUGUGCAUGUGGUUGUCCAGCUCUCGGGUGCUUGGAGGCUAUCCCAUCUGGUGGUCCCUGGCCCUUGGGCAGCAGUACUCAUCCCUAGGCUCCCAGCCCAUCCUGUGUGGCUCCAUACCUGGUUUGGUGCCAAAACAACUGCGCUUUUGCCGCAAUUACAUCGAGAUCAUGCCCAGUGUAGCAGAGGGUGUUAAACUGGCAAUCCAGGAGUGUCAGCACCAGUUCCGAGGCCGCAGGUGGAACUGCACCACUAUCAAGGACAAUCUAGCAAUAUUUGGACCUGUACUUGAUAAAGCCACAAGAGAGUCUGCAUUUGUCCAUGCGAUCGCGUCAGCUGGAGUGGCGUUUGCAGUGACCCGUUCAUGUGCAGAUGGGACCUCCACAAUGUGCGGCUGUGACUCCCAUCAUAAAGGCCCGCCGGGAGAGGGAUGGAAGUGGGGUGGCUGCAGUGAAGAUGCAGAGUUUGGGGUUUUGGUGUCUCGAGAGUUUGCAGAUGCUCGUGAGAACCGACCAGAUGCUCGGAGUGCAAUGAACAGACACAACAAUGAGGCAGGACGGAUGACCAUCCUGGAAAACAUGCACCUGCGCUGUAAAUGCCAUGGAUUGUCAGGUAGCUGCGAAGUCAAGACCUGUUGGUGGGCUCAACCUGACUUCAGGCUGUUGGGGGACUACCUGAAAGACAAGUACGACAGUGCUUCUGAGAUGGCGGUGGAGAAACACCGGGAGUCCAGAGGCUGGGUGGAAACACUACGGGCCAAAUACACCUUCUUCAAGCACCCCACAGAACGAGACCUGGUGUACUACGAGGGAUCGCCCAACUUCUGUGAGCCGAACCCAGAGACGGGCUCAUUUGGCACCCGUGACCGCAUCUGCAACGUGUCGUCGCACGGCAUCGAGGGCUGCGACUUGUUAUGCUGUGGCCGUGGCCAUAACACACGGACAGAAAAGCGCAAGGAGAAAUGCCACUGCAUCUUCCACUGGUGUUGCUACGUCAGCUGCCAGGAGUGUGUCAGGGUCUACGACGUGCACACAUGUAAAUAAGUGCGGGAAGAAAAGGAUCGGUGGACAUUAAAGGAUGGAAAGAAAGAGAGGCAGAGACUGAGAAUACGCAUAAGAUAAUGGCACUUCUGUGGUAGAACCCUUUACUAAUGUGCCCUUUUUGAUCUACACACCCCAAAAGAUGCCCAUCGUGAGCAACAUAGUUACUACUGCCAUUCCUCUUGCUCUUCUAUUGUGACAUGCAAUAUUUCUGCAAAAGAAAACAAUUCCUUGUUUUCAUUCAGUCUCCUGUAACACCAUCUCUCUGAUCACCUCGGCCUACUGCACAGGAGCCGAAACAGGAUGUGUGAAAAUACAACCAAUGACACUAGGCAUGCAUUAAAGAACAAGAAAGGGGGGGAGGGGAUGAUGAGAACUUCUCGGUUAACUACUGAAUGCUGGGUCUUGAAAUAUGCCCUGCUAUACUACUGAAUCCAAUGCCCAUGUUUUCCCUCAUGAUCUCCCAAAGUUUCCCAAUCCAAGGACACUCCUACCAUAUUCCCUAUAAUCAUAUAUGUUUAAAUCAUGGAACGUAUUGCUGUUUGCUACGUAAAAACUCUGGUAAUUUGCUUCAUACAGCAGUUUGGAGGGAUGCAAUUGAUAUAUUAGCGUAGAAUGCAGUACAAACAGGUAAAGGCAUCAUGGGUACCUUCCCAAUUACAAAAGGUUUUGUUUUCUUCGCAGAAAAUGUAAAAGCCAUCGGUAACUCUCCUGGAUGAGUGCAGGACAGCUGGUGAAAUGCAUGACAGCAGAAUGCGACGAUACACACUGGGCUCAUGCGCACCCGACCAGUAAAAAUUUGCACUUACAAAACUACUAAUGAGUAUACUAAUUCUAGAGAUUAAGAUGAUUUUUUUAACAUAUUCUUUUUGAUAAAGAUCCUCGUAUAUGACUGUGAAGGCUCCGUUUCAACACUUCCAUGAUGAGAAGUUUGCAUAGAGGAAGGAGAACAAGUGAGCAGGAGGAGGAUAGUUAAGAAAAGAAAUAGGAGGGUAAAUAAAGAAUUGAAGUUGCAACCCAGUUUCGUGGAAGAAGAAAAAACGCAACAAUUUUGCGAGGUGUUGAUUUUGUAUUAAUUCGUACAAUUUGAUACGUACAAAAAAAGCCAGAUUUUUUGAAAAAAAGAAAGAAUGAGGUUCCAUCCCUAAACCUAAUCAUCAGUGGGGCAUAAGCAGAUCUUGUGAAAACGUACAAAGAUCAUACAAAUUUAUACGAAGUUGUCACCAAUUUGUGAAUAGUCAUGAGAGUGAGUUGCAAGUGGAGGACUGCUGUGGGUCGAGUGUGUGAAAGAAAGACCGGCUUCACAAAGCUGCAGAAGACUAGUGGAGGUUUCCAUAGGACAUGUUCUGACAGUCCCAUACGCUUCCCAUUAAUUAAGUUUAACUACGCAAUGCUAGUUUCAAAUUCACACCGAUCCCUGAGGAGCCCUCUCACCAGUCACAUCCACACUCCCUUUUCCAUUUCUCCUUCCGCUAUAUCCAAAGUUUUGUACAAAGCCUUUAAAAGUUCAUAAUUCCCUUUUUAUUUUAUAAUCUGAAAAUGUUAUGUUUUUAUAAAUAUUAUUUAUUACACAAUGUAUAUAUCUGUAUGACUGAACUAAGAUUAUAUAUUUGAAGAACAAAACAGUCUCAUGAUUUUGCUUUUUAAUAGAAGACUGACUUUUGCUUUGGUGAUAUAUAAUGCUGUGUGUAGCCUCAUUUAUAUUAAUAUAUAAUACAGAUAACCACACUUUUAAAAAAAAAGAUUAUUAAAAUAAAGCAUAGCAUAAAAAUACUGUGUGGCAUUGGCAGGCAGCUAAAUAAAGGGUUCAAUCUACCUGAUCACAAUCAUUUGAUCUUCAUGUCUGCAUCUACUCUGUCAUUCCAGCAGUGACAUCAUCCUGCAGGUUUGAUGAUGAUGUAGUCUCCAAUACAGUAGCUCCACUAAAUGACAGAGUAAAGAAUGACACAAUGCACAUUACAAAUAGUUACUGAAAUAAAGCUGACUUCUUUUACCUGUUCAUGCAGAUAUUACUCAAUCGGUUCCUUGAUGAAUGCACAGGUCAAUCUGAGAGUCACACCUGUUAUUAAACACUAACAAUAUGAAGUCAGCCAAUGUGACAGACCCGAUUUCACUGAGGGUGCUUCUAAAAUAAGAGAGGGUGCUCUACCGUUAAUGCACAUCUAUUCUGAGUGACUAGAUAUUUUUGUCCUGUGCAUUGUGAUGGGCAUGUGUUAGUCAUUGCAAUUCCCUGAAACUUUGUGGCCUAUACGUGGCUGUUGGUCCUGUUAGCAAUAUUAAAAGCAAAAUUGUAUUCAAAUUCUGAAUGGCUUAUAUCCUGCUAGCCAAGAAAGCAUGCAAAGAGCACUCCCUUAUUUAUCAUCACUAAGGCUCAUUUCAGUUUCAUUUCACAAAGUUCCAUUAUAAUCAAUGAAUCUCUCUAUACUGCACAAUGAAUCUAUUACUUCUAACAUUGGGUCUACACAUAUGAUGAGAAGAUUCGUGCCCUGCAUAACUCUCUUGAACAAAACACCAGAGCUUUGAUCGGUGAGUGAAUUCUGACUAACUUGAACACUUCUGGUUGGCCAUUUCAAUAAAGAAAUCAGCAGA